CGUUAUGUAUAGAAUUCCAUAGCUAAGCUGCGGUAUUCGCCCCCGCCGCUUCCGGAGAGGGCUCCUGGAGGAAGGCAGCCUGACGAGGGACUUGUUUUCAGAAUCUUUCUGCUGCCACGUGCACCUUGGUGAGAAUGGGGGAUACAAGAGACAUCUGUCCUCACCUGGACUCCAUAGGAGAGGUGACUAGGGAUGAUCUGCUGCUCAAAUCCAAGGGAACUUGCCAGUCUUGUGGAGCUGUGGGACCAAAUCUCUGGGCUUGCCUUCAGGUUGGUUGUCCUUAUGUUGGUUGUGGGGAAUCCUUUGCUGACCACAGCACACUUCAUGCCCAGGCCAAAAAGCACAACCUGACUGUGAACCUGACCACUUUCCGGGUCUGGUGUUACGCUUGUGAGAAGGAGGUUUUCUUGGACCAGCGGCUGGCAACGCACGCUCACACCCCGCCAGUAAAAUUCAGUGACCCGGAUUCUCCAUUGCCUGCUCACCCCUUGAAAGCUGUUCCAAUUGCCGUGGCUGAUGAAGCUGAAUCUGAAUCAGAGGAUGAUGAUUUAAAACCGAGAGGCCUUACUGGAAUGAAAAAUCUUGGGAACUCCUGCUACAUGAAUGCAGCACUUCAGGCUCUCUCUAACUGCCCUCCUCUCACACAGUUUUUUCUGGAGUGUGGUGGACUGGUUCGCACCGAUAAGAAACCAGCACUGUGCAAAAGCUACCAGAAGUUGGUGUCUGAGGUCUGGCACAAGAAACGGCCGAGUUACGUGGUUCCGAGCAGUCUGUCUCAUGGAAUUAAGCUUGUCAACCCUAUGUUCCGAGGCUAUGCACAGCAGGACACUCAGGAGUUCCUGCGCUGCCUGAUGGACCAGCUCCACGAGGAGCUAAAGGAACCCAUCAUUGCUGAGACAAGGGAUUCGGAUACCGGUGACCAGGACGACAAGCGAGAGGGGGACCGCAGCCCCUCGGAGGACGAGUUCCUCUCCUGUGACUCGAGCAGCGACAGGGGCGAAGGGGACGGUCAAAGCCGGGCCCCUGGGGGCAUGGGCAGCGGCUCCCUGGCGGAGACGGAGUUGUUGAUCCAGGAUGAAGCUGGAAGGGGGAUCUCUGAGAAGGAGAGAAUGAAGGACCGCAAGUUCUCCUGUGGCCAUCGGCGCAGCAACUCCGAGCAGGUGGAUGAGGAUGCAGAUGUUGAUACCACCAUGAUGCCUGUGGAGGGAAGAGCCUCCCCUGAGAUGCUCCCUGCUCCUCGUCCUGCCAGCCCGUGUCGGACGCCAGAGCCCGACAACGAUGCCUACGUGCGCUGCUCCUCCCGCCCCUGCAGUCCGGUCCAUCAUGAGAUGCACUCCAAGCUCUCCAGCAGUCCCCCUCGCUCCAGUCCUGCCAGGCUUGGACCUUCCUAUGUACUCAAGAAAGCCCAGAUACAGGCGUCUGGGAAAAAGAAGAGGGAGCUUCGUUACCGCAGUGUGAUCUCUGACAUCUUUGAUGGCUCCAUCCUCAGCCUGGUGCAGUGCCUCACGUGUGACAGAGUUUCUACAACAGUGGAGACAUUCCAGGACCUGUCGCUCCCAAUCCCUGGAAAGGAGGACUUGGCCAAGCUGCACUCUGCCAUCUACCAAAACGUGCCACCUAAAACAGGAGCGUGUGGCGACAACUACGCCUCGCAGGGCUGGAUUGCCUUCAUCAUGGAGUAUAUCCGGAGAUUUGUGGUGUCCUGUAUCCCUAGCUGGUUUUGGGGUCCCGUCGUGACCCUGGAGGAUUGUCUUGCUGCCUUUUUUGCAGCAGAUGAACUGAAGGGGGACAACAUGUACAGCUGUGAACGGUGUAAAAAGCUGCGGAAUGGAGUGAAGUACUGCAAGGUCCUCAGGCUACCAGAGAUUCUUUGCAUCCACUUGAAGCGGUUCCGGCACGAAGUCAUGUAUUCCUUCAAGAUCAACAGCCACGUCUCCUUCCCCUUGGAAGGGCUGGAUCUGCGACCUUUCCUAGCCAAGGAGUGUGUGUCUCAGAUCACCACCUACGAUCUCCUGUCAGUCAUCUGCCAUCAUGGCACAGCAGGCAGUGGGCAUUACAUAGCCUACUGCCAGAACGUGAUCAACGGCCAGUGGUACGAGUUUGAUGACCAGUAUGUCACUGAAGUCCACGAGACUGUGGUCCAGAAUGCAGAAGCCUAUGUCUUGUUCUACAGGAAAAGCAGCGAAGAAGCUGUGCGGGAACGUCAGAAGGUUGUAUCACUUGCCAGCAUGAAGGAGCACAGUUUACUUCAGUUCUACAUCUCCCGAGAGUGGCUCAAUAAAUUCAACACCUUUGCUGAGCCUGGUCCUAUCACCAAUCACACCUUUUUGUGCUCGCAUGGAGGAAUCCCUCCCAAUAAAUAUCAUUACAUUGAUGACCUGGUGGUGAUUCUACCCCAGAAUGUGUGGGAAUAUCUCUACAACAGGUUCGGCGGGGGCCCUGCCGUGAACCAUCUGUACGUGUGCUCCAUUUGCCAAGUGGAGAUUGAGGCACUCGCCAAACGCAGGAGGAUUGAGAUCGACACCUUCAUCAAGCUGAACAAGGCUUUCCAGGCCGAGGAGUCUCCAAGUGUCAUCUAUUGCAUUAGCAUGCAGUGGUUCCGCGAGUGGGAAGCCUUUGUCAAGGGCAAGGAUAAUGAGCCUCCUGGGCCAAUAGACAACAGCAAGAUUGCACUUACAAAAGCAGGUGGCCACGUGCAAGUUAAGCAGGGUGCUGAUUACGGGCAGAUUUCCGAGGAGACGUGGAUCUAUUUAAGCACGCUGUAUGGAGGGGGCCCAGAAAUAGCUAUCAGACAGAAUGUGGCCCAGGCCCAGGAACUGGAGAACCUCCAUGGGGAGCAGAAGAUCGAAGCGGAGACCCGGGCUGUGUGAGCGGUGCGGGAUGGGGCAGGGAAGGUAUGGCACGAACACGUCCACGCGGGGCUGAAAGGCUGGGGAAGCUGAAGGAGUCAAAUCUCUUCCUCUGUCCGGUACUCGAAGGUGUGGGCAGUGCUCACCACCACUGCUGGGGAAGGCAGGUUUCCUCCACCAUCCUUUCACGUGGUUUGGAAUAUCGGUACAGUGCUGCAAAAGCCUGGGAGAAAUGGGCUUUUCUCUAGUUCACAUGUGCAGCCCCAGUGGAUAAAGCCAUGGUGGGGAGGCUGCGGCCAAACUUCACCUGGAAAUAGUUGGCUUGGUCCCUCUCCCUUCAGUUUGCUUAUGUGAAGCCAGCACUCCCAGCCUGCCCCCAGGGAAUUGAAUCGCUCUGCUCCUUUGCAGGUGGCUUGUGGCACUUUUUUUUUCUUUUUUUCUUUUAAUUCAAUGUAUAAAGAUAAUGAAGUGUUAUUUAUGUUUCCAGUUCGCCAUGUUGCAACUAGAGAAGCCCCUUUAUCUGAAGCUGACUAAAGCCACAAGGUCUCCUGCUAGUUUCAUGCUGGCGGUGCACGGCUGGUACAACUUCCUAGUUUUGCUCCUUAUCUCAUUCUUGCAACCUCAGUUGCAAUUAAGCUCAAAAGAGGCUUUUUCCCCCUGCCACCAGCCAUAGCUCCAUCUUCAUGGUCCCGCAGGGCUCUUUCCUUCUUGUAUCUCUUGCUGUACAUUCAGCAGGUUUUCAGAGAACAAAGCUGCAAGAACAAAUUCUCCUUCCCGAGGUACUGUUUCCUCUGCAGCUCCUGGCUUUGCAGACAGGGAUGCAGCCUUCUAGGUAUUAAGCUGAGAGGGGUGGUACUUGGGCAGCAUGACUGCCAAGCUGGUAGGUGGGCAGAGCAGAGCUGGACACAGGACAGCUCCCACGCUGGCUUUAGGACCCCUCUUCUGGUUCCUGUGAAAUCCCCGCAUCUGCUUGUCCAGACCCCAGCCUUGGCAGGGCCCUGCGUAAGCCCAGACCCUGUUUGUGAGAAGCAAGGGGUGCAUGAAGGGUGAGGAGGACCCUUUGAGGCCCUCGGUUUGCCCAGAGCCUAGACGGAGAGGUCACCUUUGGGCAGAGCAGUGGUUCAGCCCUGGGAAGGUGCCCGGCUGAGCCGGCCUUGUUUUCUGCAAACAAGCCCCAUGUGUGUGCUGAGCUCCUUCUAGCUUCCCAACACACAUCUUGUUUGUGUACACAGUGGCUCAUUAAUGAAAAGGAAUAACACGCUCCCCAAUCUGCUGCUGCGUCUGUAGCCGCAGAGCAUCCGAUUAACAGGCAGAGGAGAGAGGAAUGAAGAUGAAAAAGGCCAAAAGCCCCUUUGAGGUGAGGGCAACUCAAACCUUUUCAUUCAUCCAGAAGCCUGCAAGGCGAUAGCACAUUCCAUGUGAUUUUGCAAACCCUUGAGUGAGAUUUGAGGGAAAGGCAGCAAGGCCAAGCUGGCAGGGCCGGGGCAGCCUCCCCCUUGGGCCAGGCAACCUCUUGGAUGGAAGCACCAACCUCUGUGCUCGUCCCAGGGCUGGAACCUUCACGGUUCCUCUGCAUCAGUCUGUCCUGGCAGCAGGUUCCAGCGCGGGGUGACGACCUCCCACACCCUGUACUCGGCCCCUGGAAGGGGAGGAGGGAGCUGCUCUUUGACCUGCUGCUAGGAAGUGGAAAAGGGUGUGGGAGAAGUUUCUGAAAUGAAAAACGUGGCCUUCAGAGUUUUUUAAGACCAAAUGUUUGCAGCAAACAGCAAAUUCUUUUAAAAGGUUUCUGUAAAUGGUUCAGCAUGUUAAUUUUACUAUCUUGUUUAUGGGAUGCUUGUACAUGGCCCGCCAGGCCUGAGGGGAUGUCUGGGGAUGAGCCACUGUUGGGAGUCCUCAUUGUUUUAGCUGUCUUUGUUCACUGCAGCCUUCGUGGAUUCUGCUGCGGAGCCUGUAGGGCUGCAUGUCUGUGUUGUGUCUGUGCCAUUCAGAGGAUGCUGUACAGAUUGUAAUAAC